AUGCGCUCCUUGGUCGACGACUUCAUCGCCGACCUGGAAGUAUCUGGACAGCUCGGCGAUAAUGGCGGUCAAGGCUGGAUGACAGUCAUCAGUAACCAAGUUCCGGAUAAAACGUUCUGGCCCGAUAUGGGCACCGAAAAGAACCCCUAUGUCUAUAUUUAUUACUGCUUUGCCACUAAUGAGGACUUCGACGCGCUCCACGACGUCGUGGACAAGGCAGCAAACGAGUGGCUGAUGAAGUUGGGCAGGGGUUCAGACAAUGGACAUCGAUUUGUUGGAUUUCGUCACUACCACGACGCCGACAUAAACUUACAUCCACGUUGUGUGAAGGAUGAUAAGUGGAACGACCUUGUUCCCGAAGGUACACUCGUGAUCAAGAAAUCCGUUGAUGGAGGUGUUUCAGCAACUAUUGGAUUCAUCCCAGAGACACAUAUGCAUCUUGUAGUGGCUACGCGUCCUGCCGACUUCGACUUAUGGAAAUGGGAGGUGGUUCAUGAGUUCGGUCACGUUCUUGGCUUUGAACAUGAGCAUCAGAGGAAAGACCGGGACGACUUUGUCAACUUCGACUGCUCCAAACUCGAAGGCUACGAGACUGCCAAGCAGAAAGUAGAAACUGAGCCCGCGUGGGAGGGGAAGACCAUUGAGGACGUCUGUGGAUCCAACUUUUUGGGAUACAUGCACGGCCUCCAUUUUAUAGCACCAACCGCAUACUGCACCGAUAUGGGUCUCGCAAAAGAUGACAGGACACCGUUGCUACAGUACUCGGAAACGGCAUACGACCACGACUCUAUCAUGCAAUACCCCUCUCAAGCGUUCGCUGCAAAUCAGCGAGGUGCCGUCAACGAGGUCCCGCUUGUACGCUGGAAGAAUGGACGUCCCAGUGACGGUUCGGGGCCGAACGAUGAGAACGCACAAUACAUUCCAAAUUGGAAGGCGAUUUCGGAUGGAGAUAAAAGGGGUAUUCAGCACUAUUAUCCAUACCUGGGACCUACAGAGAAUGAACAGAAUCAAGAUGUACAGGAUGUAGGAGUAUGGGGGUAG